AUGAACCCGCGGCUGCGGCACUGGCGGGAGGCGGCCACGCUGCUGCUGGCGGCAGGCACGCCGGGCCGGCCGCCGCGCACGCCGCUCGGCCCCUUCGACUACGAGCUGCUGCUGCUGCGCCGGAGCUCCCGCAGCGGCUUCAUGCCCGGCGCCCACGUGUUCCCGGGCGGGCUGGCGGAACCGGCGGAUUUCUCCGCCGAGUGGCUGGGGCUGCUGCCCGCCUCGCCGCGCUGCGGGCUGGGCGCCGUGAAGCCGCCGCCGCCCGGCGGCAGCCGCGCCCCGCUCUUCGCGGCCGACCGGGAGAGCCCGGGCUCGCGGCUGCCGGGAGAAGUCGCCUUCCGCAUCUGCGCUCUCAGGGAGACCUUCGAGGAGGCGGGGAUCCUGCUGCUGGUGCAGGGGCGCGGGCCGGCCCCGGCGGUGCCCGCAGAGCGCCUGCCGCCCGCCGCCGAGCUCGGGGAGUGGCGGCGCCGGGUGCGGGAGGACGCGUCCUGCUUCCUGCGGCUGUGCCGGCACCUGGGCUGCGCGCCCAACAUCUGGGCGCUGCACGAGUGGAGCAACUGGCUGACGCCCGUGGGCAGGGCCGGCCCCGGCGGCCGCCGCUAUGACACGGCUUUCUACCUCUGCUGCCUGGACCAGCGGCCGCCCCACGUCUCGCAGGACGACCAGGAGGUGACAGACGUCCUGUGGUCAUCACCUCCAGAAGCCAUCGAACGCUUUAAGUCUCAAGAAAUCUGGUUUCCUCCACCUCAGUUUUAUGAAUUCUGCAGGCUGUGCAACUUCUCCUCCCUCAGGGAGCUACAGAAGUUCAGCUCCGCACGCGCUCUCGAGGGCUGUGAGCGCUGGAUGCCGGUGAUGCUGAGUGCUGCAGAUGGAUUCAUCCAGCUGCUGCCGGGAGAUGAGCUAUAUCCAGAAGAUCCAGAUUAUACUGGAGAAAAGAAAAUGAUUAUGUCAACAGAUAAGAAAGUUGAAGAUCUCAUGAAAGAGGGUGGGAUAUUUCACAGGAUAGUAAUAAAAAACAUCAACAAUCUUGCUGUCUAUGUUAAUAUUCAAGCAAAAUAUAAGCAUAUAAAUCCACUGAUGAUGAAUUUUGAUCAUUCAGAUUACAAUAGCAGAUUAUAAUAUGUCUUUGGUUUAAAUCUAGAAUAUUUUCAAUUGUAUAUAUGUUCACUGUGGUUUUGGUGCUUUUUAACCGUUGCCAAAUAGUCAUGAAAAUAUUCCUCUGUCCUGCCAAAGCAUUAUGUCUGUAUGUGUGUGUGAUGUCACAUCUAUGUGUAUCUAAUCUCGAGUCUUUAAAAACAACAGUUGUGCCACUGCUGAGUCACAAUGGUUCCCUUCUCACUGAAAAUUUAAGUAUGUAUUAUGUUCAGAAAAAGCAGAGAAGAGUUGAAGGAUUCUUUUACUAUGCUUCCCAAAGUUCCCCACUAAAUAACUGCAGUGUGUGUCUAGAAUGAUCAAAAUCUCCCAUAUUUGUUGACAUUUCCAACUCUAUUCUCUCUUUUGUUUUGGGGAAAAACAAUGCAUAUAUAGAAAUAUAGAUAUAUAAUAAAUUAAUUAAAAUGCACUUUAAAAAUAAUAUUAUAAAGUUGAUUUUUAUAUUUGAUAUACUUAAAUUUUUUCUACUAAUGAUAAUCAUUCAAAGCUACAAUUUUCAAAGGUAGACCUAAUUAAAACAAAGUCAUCUAUGGAAUUGAGAGCAUUAUUUUUAUCAAUAUAUUUUUUUAUCUUCAAGUUGUAAGCAAUUUAAAAAAAAAAAAAAAGUAACUUUUUUAGCUCCAAAAAGAUAUCAACAACUUAAAGGAAUAAUAUUCCUCCAAGAAAUACUUGCUUCUGUAUUCUUAACAUCUUAACACUUCUUGCUUUUUAACUACUUUACUAAUAUAAUUGAGAUUGAAGAACUUCAAAGGAAAGACUGCUGCUUAAUUUUUGGUUUGGAUUUUUGUUUGAUUGGGUUUGUCUUUUGUGCAAUAAGUAACAGCAUAAGGUUAAGUUUUACUCUAAGUAUAUAACAGUAAGGAGUCAAUGGAGCAGUUUUGUAAAUUCUCUGUCUGGAAGGAAAAUGAAUGAUGACUUCAGUCAGUGAAGUUGUUCAGAAAGCUUUGUUCCGGCUUUUGUUCUGUGUUUUAAUUAAAACCUUCUGCAACAAUUC